UUUAUUUUUUUGCCAUUAUCUCAGAUUUAAUUAUGUAGGUCUCAAGCAGCACCUUGUCAUUGCGCUCAAGUAUGGCGAAGUGAAUCGGAUUGUCAGAGAACAUUUUCGGAAAUUUUUGCAUGCAGGCCAUAAAACGAUCCAGCAUGUUCCGAUCUCGUGCAGCCUUCAUGAACAGUGGCAAGUCCAAGCAGCCUGUGGAAGGGCUGUUCUGCAUGUACAAUCACCGAGUCUGCAUGCAGAACAGAUUAGAGGGCUACGAGUACUGCCUUAAACACAUCCUGGAAGAUAAGAAUGCCCCGUUUAAGCAGUGUUCUUACGUAUCCAGCAAGAGCAGCAAAAGAUGCACCGCUGCAUCACCAAAGUCAGACAGGAAAGAUGGGUACUGUGUUGAGCAUGCAAGGCGGGCCUUGCUGUUGCGCCAGAGGAACUCUCGGAAGAAGCGCCCAAAAGAGAGCCCAGAGAUGCUCCUGGAGGGGUUGGACCACCAUCUUGCCCAGGGACGGGGCUAUUUCACAGAUAUGGGUGACUCACGCAGGCACCCCAGCGUGGCUAGUAAGGCACUAGAUUAUGCCAGUUCAAGUGACUCUGACGCGGAGACACCUGUCGUUGACCAGGCCUGGAGGGGAGAUGGAGAUAGCGAUGCUGAAAGUAUUGACAGUGAACUGGAGGACCCUCUCAAACACGCAGGAGUUUACACGGCAGAGGAAGUAGCCCUGGUGAUGAGGGACAAGUUGAUCCGUCUCCAAUCAUUGUAUAUUGAACAGUUUAAGAGACUACAACAUGUGAUGAAGGAGCGACGCAGGAAAUACCUGCACUCUGUAGACAAGGAGAGGGAACAGUUUGGUGCUGUGGGCCAGUAUGCCCGAGACUUGGACAACCAUGAGAACUGGAGUAGAUACACUGCCAUGAAGAGAUACCACCGCAGAUACGGAACUGAAGCUUUGUUGCACAGACAGUCAAAGGAGCGGCGUAUAGCUGCAUCAGACGGUAGCAACUACAAGCCUCCAGUUCACCCGAAAUGUGUUCACACCAUCGCUAAUGUCAAGUGUCAGGAGCGCACUUUGCCCCUAUCCAAGUAUUGUCUUCACCACAUUAUGGAGGACCCGCACCAGGUGUUAUAUCGCCCAUGCAGUUUUGGUGAUGGGACAUGUGGACAGCCAGUGGCCAGCCAAGAGGACAUUCCCCUCUGUCCCCUCCACCCCUCCCUCAACAAUGGAAUGGACUCCACCUUUGGAAAUGACUCCAAGACUGAUCCGAAUACCACAGAUGACAUCAUUGAUAUCACCACAGACAUUCCAAUGGAAACCAGUCAGGCUCCAUCUGCAACAAACAGCGCAAUUAUGGAGGGAGAAAAUUACAACGUGAAAAUGGAUGAAGGGCAGUUAAGUGAGGAAGACCUUGCAAAGAAAGGGAGACUACUUCUGGAGCAUUUAAAAUGUCCAGAAUCAACGGCCACAAAAUGAUCUCGGUGCUAAUAACAUUGAUGCAUAUGUGUACAGUUUCUCUUAACUUCAAUAUUUUCUAUAUGUAAUGACUAAUGUCUGAAAUAAACAUUGUAGUUUACUAAAUUUGGUAAAGUUUUGUAUAUGAGCUGUAUUAUUAAAACAAAAGAUCUGAAAUGCA